AUGUGUUACAGUUCCCAAGGCUCUGGGGCGAACCAUUGCAAUUUCUAUGAUGUCUAUAAUGACGACGAUAUACAAUUUGAAUAUCACGACAUGAAAAUAAAUCGGCAACAACAACAAACAUCAUCACAACUGAUGUUGAUACCAACAAUAAUGACAACAAAUGCAAACAAUCAUCAACAGCAGCAACACACGCAGCAGCAACAUCCACAUCAACAACAACUUCCCUAUGAUGUUGUUCAUGACAAUGCCACAAAUGUGGAAGCUGUUAUUCUGCAGAAUCAAGUGGAUACCUUGCAUUGGCAAUUAAAACAGGUUGAAACAAGUUGCGAUAUGUAUCGUGCCGUUAUGGAAGAAGUUGCCAGGUUUCUUGAACGUUAUCAGAAACAACGUCAAAUCCAACAACAAAAGCAACAGCAAGAUAACAUGGAAAAAAUGUCCAGAUCGAAAAGUCUAUAUCAAGUUAAUAGCCCUAGCGAAGCUCAUGACAAAUCAAUGCAAUUAUGCCCCGAAAAUGAUUCAUCCGCUUCGUACCUCCGAGUACGAAGCAGUACAAAUCUAAUUGAUUUGAAACAAAAUGAAUGUAAAAAGAAUAACAAGUCAUCGAAUGCGAAGACAAGCGGAUGCCACAGUAAAGACGAUCAUAAUUUUGAGACAAGUCUGGCACCAUCUCAAUCGUAUAGUGCAUUUAAGGAUUUCACCUGGAGACGCUCACCCAAGAAAUCAAAUGAUUCGAAAUCACACAGUGUCCGUGAUGAUGCCGAUGAAAAACUAAGUCAAGAAGCAUUUCGUCUCCAUCGCACAAUUCAAAAUCUAUUGAAUACAUCACAGCAUCAAACUGAGCUAUUGCACCCGCCGCCGCAGCAGCACCAUCAUCACCAUCAGAUGCAACGCCAGUCUUUGGCUGCCUGUGGUGGUGUGAAUCGUAUAUCGAAAGCCAUGUCCACCACAUCAGUGGCCACAUUGCCUGGAGCACCCAUGCAUAAUUCCACCAGUCUAACACUGGCCACGAAUUGUGCCGCCUCAACUUCAUCCGAUUCAUCGGCAACUUCGCCCACCAUUGCCGCCACAUCCAACACUCUUGCCCCUGAUAUGUUAUUCUUACGUUCCGCCAAUAUGCGUGAUUCCCGCCUAUCAUUGCGCAGCUCCACCGAUAGUUCGGUACAUUCCACCUCAUCAUCGGUUGCUUCAUCGGCUUCUUCGAAAGUGGAAACCGAUGAAGAGCCAACAACGCCAUUUCAUUCACCACCAAACAUGCUGGCCCAACAUAAACCCCACAUCAUGGCGGGUUCCAGCACCGAAGAUGAAAGUGGUUUCAGUUCGAUAAGCUCAUUUCCGGACAUUGGAGUGCCACACAACUCCACCAUGUUGGCCGGCAAGCCUCCACAAAAAUGUCGAAAUGCCAAAGGCAAUGAAUUGAAAUCCUUCAAAGCCAACAAUGACAGCAAGCAGCAAACCCAACAACAGUCAACAGCCGAUAAUGCGGCGAAUGCAACUCUAAAAGCCAAUGUUGUUGGGCUGCCAUUAAACUCCUCCCAGGAUAUGUCACAUCGUUGGGAUACAACACCCUCGAAAACGUAUCACAAUGCCAGCACGAAAUUUCAAAGAUUUUCAGCAUUAUCGAAUAAUGAAGAUUCGAAUACUGUUCUAUGGGUAUAAUU